AUGGCGGCCCGGGGCUGUUGCCCCAGCUGCGGUUCGGCGGCGUUGGUGGAGGACGCGCACUACGCGCAGCAGCAGCUGGUUUGCGCCGCCUGCGGCUGCGUCCUCGUCGAGGGGCUCCUCACCACCACCUACACGGAGGAGGAGCACCUGCGAGAGGUGACGUAUUCCCAGAGCACUGGCCAGAAAGAGCAGCUGAGCCGCUGCCUGCAGCGAGGGAUCAGGCGGGUCCGGGAUCUCUGUAAAGUCCUCCAGCUCCCGACAGUGUUUGAGGAGACGGCGGUGUCGUACUUCCAGAGAGCUCUCCAGCACACCUCCUUCCACCUGGUCAGUCUGGAGAAGAAGGAGCUGCUGGGGGGCUGCUGCGUCUUCGUGACUUGCCGACAGCACAACUGGCCCCUGACAAUGGGGACGAUCUGCUCCCUCCUUUACGCAAAGCAGGAGCUCUUUGCCAGCGUCUACCUGAGCCUUCAGAAAGAGCUCGGGCUCUCUGUGCCAGCCCUGAGCCUGGCGGAUCUGGUGAAGACGCACCUGAACAGUUUUCGGCUGUUCCAGCAUGCGGCCGACAUCCCUGCCCCAUUUGUGGAGGACAAGGAGAAGAUGGUCGCCCGAACGAUGCAGAUCGUGGAGCUAGCCAGUGAGACUUGGCUAGUCACCGGCCGUCACCCUGUUCCCAUCGUCACAGCUGCAGCCUUCCUGUCGUGGCAGUCGCUGCAGCCUGCUGCCCGCCUCACCUGCACUUUUGCACGUUUCUGCAAGCUGGCGGGUGUUGAUCUGCCACCGCCGGCGCACCUGAGGCUGAAGGAGCUUCUCGAGAUCCUCCUGAGAAUGGCCUCCAAGCUUGCUUGGCUCAAGGUGUUUAACAUGGACAAGAAAACAGUGGUCAAGCACAUCGGGGACCUGCUGCAACACAGAAUUUUCCUGCUGAAAAAUGCCUUCUGUCUGGAGGAUGAGGAGGAGCAGUGUGCUGCGGCCCUGAGCAAGGGCUCCCCCGGCUCUCCUCCGGCAGCAGGAGGGGCAGCGCAGGAGAAGGGCUGUCCCUUGGAAGGGAAACGCCAGCGUGAGGGCAGCCCGAGGCCCUUGCUGCCGCCCUGCCUUAUCAAUCCGAGGAAGAGACUGCGGACGGCAGCCCUGAGUGCUUCGGACUCUGCCAUCACUGGCGAUGAGCCCAUCUCUGACAGUGAAAUUGAGCAGUACCUGCGAGGCCCGGAGGAGAUCCGAGCCUUCAGGAAGGCCAAGGCCUGGCAGUGAAGAUGGUCAUCUCCAGUGGGGUCCAGAGGAUGGUGCUGCCAGACACCGGGGCAGCAGGGACUGUGGGACCAAAAGCAUGAAACCCAUCAGUGACAGAGCCAUCACAAGGUGCAGGGACAGUCGCCCAAGGGAGCAGGGCUGUAGGGAGGGAGUGGGCUGUGUCAUCUUUCAUGUUCUGGGCCAAAACGGGGCUUUUAAUGGACUGAUUGCUUUGGGUUGUGUUACGUUUCUGUUAGAAAUGAGUAGAAGCGCAGGUGCCAGGACGAGUUUCUGGAUUCUCUCUCAUUGCAGCCUCUGGUAAAAGGUGUUUUGGUGCAGCCCAGUCCUGCAGGGCAGUGUCAUGAGCAAGUCUAGUGAGCCCAGGGACUUACACUGGGAGUGAUGCCCAGGGAAAGGUCUCCAGCACCUUCCUUGGCGCUGGUUUUCCAUAGCUUUGCUCCGGCUUUUCUGGGCCAGUCUCACCUUGUGCUUCACCUUCUU